UCUGGCUCCGCCUAUAGACAGGAAGCGAUUCCGUUUCACCCAAAAGAUUUGGCAGUGUUAAAAAAGUGAAGGCCGAAGUUAAUCUAACAGUUUAUCGAAGACCAAUACAACUGUUCCACUCGAAUACUUAAAGACCAAUGCGCGAGUGACAACGCAUGUGUUUCCAUACGAGCAGCCAGUGGUUGACCUCAGGAAUGUCCUGUUGACCAAACCCUUGUUUCAGUGGGCAUCAGUCAGUAAGUUUGCCAGGCGAUGGCCCAGGGCAGUAGGGUCCAGUAUGAGCCUGUGGCUGAGAUAGGUGGAGGGGCUUAUGGGACGGUGUAUAAGGCUCGGGACAUGGCCAGUGGCCAGUUUGUAGCUUUGAAAAGUGUGCGUGUCCAGACGGAUCAAGAUGGCCUCCCUAUUUCUACGGUCCGAGAAGUGGCUCUGCUUAAGAGAUUGGAACAGUUUGACCAUCCCAACGUGGUCAAGCUUAUGGAUGUGUGUGCCACCCUGAGGACAGACCAGGAAACUAAAGUAACACUGGUGUUUGAGCAUGUGGACCAGGAUCUCAAAACCUAUCUAGAGAAGGCCCCGGCCCCAGGACUAUCCCCCUGCCGCAUCAGAGACCUUAUGCGCCAGUUAUUGUGUGGCCUGGCAUUCCUCCACUCGAACCGUGUAGUGCACAGGGACCUGAAGCCAGAGAACAUUCUGGUUACCAGCAGAGGCCAGGUGAAGCUGGCCGACUUCGGACUGGCUAGGAUCUACAGCUGCCAUAUGGCCCUCACCCCUGUGGUGGUGACCUUGUGGUACCGGCCUCCAGAGGUCUUGCUCCAGUCCACCUACGCCACGCCUGUGGACAUCUGGAGCACUGGCUGCAUCUUUGCAGAGAUGUUCCGGCGCAAGCCUUUGUUUUGUGGAGAAUCAGAAGUGGACCAACUGGGAAAGAUUUUUGAGGUAAUUGGCUUACCAUUGGAGGAAGAUUGGCCUCCUGAGGUCACACUCUCGCGAAAUAAUUUCAGUCCUGUCAGCCUCCGACCAAUUACACAUUAUGUUCCAGAAAUCAAUAACCAAGGGGCAGAACUUCUGCAGGAAAUGCUAACCUUUGACCCCUUGAGAAGAAUCUCUGCACUGACUGCUUUAGAUCACAUGUAUUUCUUGGAAGAGGAGACAGAGACUUAGAGGGACAAGUUGCUGAACACACAAAAGUCUGCAAUCAGCAUUUUAAUAGCAAUUAGUACCUUAAAAUAAUACAAUAGGUGCAGAAGGUAAAUAGGUCAUCAGUCGGUUUUAAAGGCAGACAAAAGCAGACGAAUAAACACAGGUAACAUUUACAGGAUGCACAGACAUGCCACAUGCUGGAGCACAAAAAGAAGCAAGUACAGAGGAAGAAACAUUGAUCAAAUGUUAACAUUAGCAUGUUAAUUGGACCCUUGACAAUUAUCACUUUUAUUAUAUAAAUAUUGUGGCUUUAUAAAACAUCUUGGAAAAUAACAUUUUGUUGAAUCAAUUACACAGGGACACAAGGAUAUGGAUACAAGUAAAACAUGGUAAAUACAUUGUGUUUUCAGAUGGAAGUUUCUUAAGUAUUUCCAAAUGUUCUAGAAAUGUAAGCCAGUACCUUUCCACUGGUUGGCAGGGAAAGCAACAAACUUAAUAUUUAACUUUUGCUUUGGUUGCCAAGUAUUCAGAAACAUACCAUCUCCAUUAAUUUAGUUACAUAGUAUUUUAAGCACUACAAUGAAUGUCCAAUAUUUGUGAAUUACAGAUCUCCAUUCACCUGGGGACUCACAUUGUCUACUUAAUUAGUGAUAAGGAAUAAAGAUGUAUGCCAUUUAUUCCACACUGCAGUUAGAAGAUACUUUACCACUCUUUUGAGCAUAUAACUAGCUUUUCUGUAGCAUCACUGGCACUCCUUUUCUGUAACACCCUAUUUGCAUGAAACCCCCAACUUUUAAUCCGUAUGAGUUACAAAAAAUUUGGGGGGAUAAUUUGAAACCAGUUAUGAAGGCCUCGUGAUUUUACACACAUGGCCAAACACUUCCAAUUGCUUCCAUGUUAAGAUUAUUUUGAAGUUGGCACUAUUUGUGUACUAUCAACACAAAAGUGUUUAACCCUCUUGACAUGAUUUAUAAAGCUGUAACUAACCAAAUAGUAUCAUUAAUUUCCAAUUCAGUAUUAAGUCCUUUUGAUGUGGCCACAAAGCAUCCCUUUUUAUUGCAAAGGUGGCAUCAUUUUUUUUUUUUUAAAGCCCCAUUUUUGUACCGUAUGUAGUAUAGGCCAUAUUCAAAGACCUAUCAACUACAGGGGUUGUUUCACAGGACUAGGUUGUUCAGACAAAUAUGGUGAUUAUUGUUACUGAACUGAAGAGCAUUUUCCACUGAGAGAGGUCCAAAGCCUGCUACCAUAAUUAAAAUAAGGAUAAAGGAUGUCUACAAUCAGCUCUUUUUGGCAGUGUUUGAAUCUGCAGAACAAUACUGCAAAAAGAUGUGUGGGUUAGAAGGAAAAAAUAUCUUCAGUUCAUGGGCACUGUUUAAAUAUACUAUAGUACAUUUAACCCCCUUCAACUUAAUAUACAUAGAAGAUUGUUUUU